UUCGAUUAUUCUACUUGGACGAUUUUAUCGGUGAGGAUGAAGAUCUGCGGACCCAAGUACGCUCUGUGCGGUCUAAUACUGUCCGUUUGGGGCAUAUUUCAACUACUUCUCAUGGGUGUAUUCUUCUACGUCCGGAGCGUAGCACUGGUGGAGGACCUCCCUCUGGGAGAAGAGACGGUGUUCACCUCGCUGGAUAACUUUUACGACGUGAUGGAUCGCGGUUACACGCAGAACGCAUACAACUGCUGGAUCGCCGCGUGCAUCUAUGUCCUCACCUUCCUCUUCUCGGGCCAUCAAUUCUAUCUCAAUUCCAGAUCAUCUCUUAGCGUAUAAGCAAAUACCCAAUGGAUGUUCAAGGAUGCUGCAGAGCGUCCAAUUUGUAAUUCUGUACAGCUGCGAAACAAGUAUACAUGAAAGAUUUAAUUAUAGCUGCAUUAGAUUGUCAUUAUACUGUACAGCUAUAUAAUUGAGUUGUGUAAUCCAAACGCAAUAUUUACCUGUGGCAAAAUGCUCGAAUGUUUCUACAAGAACAACAAAGAGAUAUAAUUUAUCACAUAUGUAUAUUAGCGACGUUUCCACAGGUAUCAGUAUACAAUAUCAUAUAACUGAAAUAUGGAAGACAAAUUAUGCAAUUCGUAGAAGUUUCAUAAUUUGUUUUAUUUAUCAUAUAGAGAUAAUAUAUUUCAGUCAUUAAAUUUUAAUUCUACUUUAUAUUACAUACAUUAUUAAUAUAAUAAUAUAUUUAAUAAAUUGUUCAACGAAUAACAACAAUGUUUCCCUGUAAUCUUUCAACUGUAUAAUCUAUACACAGCGCAAUGUUUACAAUUUUUUGUUUUCCCAAAAAAGAAAAAAAAAAUAUAUAUAUAAUAUAUAUCAU